UGCAGAAUACUCGCUGAUAUUAAUUAAUAAAAAUAAUCGCGUUAAAUUGUGUGUGAAAAUGCAAGGACUGACGCGUUUGCUUGCCAGCUGCACUUUGUCGCGGCAUCCACAACAGUGCGGAGCUGUGGCAGCCUUGCAACAGUUGCGUUUUAAAACAAAAUUUGUGGAGAAACCUCAACCGGGCGCAGGCCAACAGUUUCGUCGAACAGUGCACUUUCCAGAAGAGUAUACUGUGGAGCCCCUAAAAAUUACACAUCUAGCUGGCCGUGAUCCUGUUACAGGCCGCAUGGUGGCAAAAGGAAUUGGCGGUGGAAUAAAACAAGAAUAUCGCUGGAUUAAGUGGGUUCGGGAUGGUCCCAGAGAAGGCGCGCCACAGGAGGAGCGUGUGCUGGAGCUGCUGCGUGACGGCUGUCGUACAGCCAAGGUAGCUUUGGUGGCUAUAGGCGAUGAACUGAAGUACAUACUGGCCACAGAAAACAUGAAGGAGGGCGAUAUAUUGAAGACAUCCCGUGUGAUUCCUCGCAUACCAGUGCGUCCAAAUGAGGGUGACGCUUAUCCGCUUGGCGCGCUACCUGUUGGCACACGCAUUCAUUGCCUGGAAAAGAAUCCCGGACAGCCGUGCCAUCUCAUACAUGCAGCUGGUACCUUUGGCACCAUACUGCGCAAGUUCGACGAUAAGGUCGUAGUGCAGUUGCCCUCCAAGCGUGAAUUUGCCUUUGAUCGAAGCUGCAUGGCGACAGUGGGACGCCUCUCCAAUGUGGAACACAAUAAGGAACAUGUGGGCAGUGCUCAGCGUAUGCGUGAGCUGGGAAAUAGACCACGUUCAGGACUGUGGAAACGUAAAGAGGGCAAACACGGACGUAAGAUACGCAAAUUGCCGCCCAUGACAACCAUAAAGCCACCAGCACCGCCCAAGGAGCAGGAGUUACGACUUACGCUAAAUUUGUAAACAACUAAAACUGCUUGUAUUUAAUAUAUGUAUGUUGUUAAUUUCAUUCUAUUACUACAUGAGUCGUGUGAAACUUUAAAUAACUACUU